GCUUGAUCCGGGGAAGACCGACCGAACUCAAACUAAUCAUCUGUCCUUCAUCUCUAAUCCUCUAUCUAUCGAUCGAUCCAUCCAGGCUGGCUACUUCACUCUUUUGCGCGAGUCCAUUGCUUUGCUGAUUCGUCUAGCCGCUAUCAACUUCAUUCUAGAAUCCCUGAACCCGUCGGCCCCCCCUCCCUCUCAAACCCCGUAACCCCCUUCUCCUUCUACAUUGACACACCCCCUCUCUCGUCGUCUUCGGGGGGCUUCUCCUUUUCAAUCGUUUUUUUCCUGUCUUCAAGGCUCGCCGUUCUGGGAGCAUGUUUGCGCCUGUUCUUUUUGUCUCAGUCAGAUCAUGAUCCCGCUGAUUCCCCGCUGAUCUCGGUAUCUGUGAUACUAUCGAAGUCGCACGGCUCCCGCACGCUCCAUACCCUUCGUCAUGGGUAACGACCAGAAGUUCGAGUACGAAUCCCUCCCGAUUCCUACCUACGAGGAGGCUGUCGGCGCCCGUCCUGGCUCUUCCCGAUCCCACCUCGAUUCCUCCGACGAAGCAGGCGACCAUGCUGAACGACAAGGCCUUCUGCACCGGAGUGGUACGGAUACCACUCCGCGGGCGGAGGCGAGACCGCGUGGCUAUCAGCCGCCCACCGUCGAGUCCGCCCGGAAUAGCAUCGAUGACCUGGACUCGACGGGUUCGAGAUCGGAACGGGGUUCCAUGGAGGAGCUGCAAAGGGAACUCGACCAGAUGGACGUGGAAGAUGGCCCAGAGUCAUCCUCGCGCCGCUCGCAAUUACGCUCGCGGUUCUCCAAGCGAUUUAACAAUCUGACUCGCUCCCUUUCAUCCUUCAACCUACCUUUUCGUCGCUUCCUCCCCACAUUCCAUUUCACGAUACGCCUCGAUGAAGCUCGCGUAGGGCUGAAAAACAAUGCAUGCAUGAUAUUACUACGUCUGUUCGGCCUGUUCCUGGUGGUCACCGUGGUGUAUGUCUUCUUCAUCUCGGACAUAUUCAACAUGAAUUCUCGAUUUAUCAUGGGGCAGUCCUACAGUGCCGCAUCUGUGGAAAACUUUGUUCAAGGACAUAUCAACGAGACCAACAUUGCUGAGAAUCUGAAAAAGUUGACCGCGUACCCCCACAUGGCUGGUACAGAAGGUAGUUAUGUGCUCGCAGAAUGGGUGGAGUCGGAGUUCAAAAAGGCGGCUUUUGAUGAGGUCGAAAUGGAGGAAUUCCAGGUGUACUUGAACUAUCCUACAACCGACGGCAGACGGGUGGCUAUUGUGGACCCGCCGCAAUUGGCCUGGGAGGCAGCACUGGAGGAAAAAGAAGAGCAAACCUUGGUCUUUCAUGGACAUUCCAAAUCCGGGAAUGUGACUGGCCACCUGGUCUAUGCGAAUUUCGGCUCCCGCGAGGAUUUUCAGUACCUCGCACAGCAGGGUAUUGACGUAAAUGGAUCCAUAGCGCUGGUUCGUUAUGGGGGCACAGAGUCCGAUCGUGCUCUGAAAGUCAAGGCCGCCGAACUAGCCGGUGCAUUGGGCUGCAUCAUUUACUCUGAUCCAGCGCAGGAUGGCUUCGUUCAGGGUCCCGCCUAUCCGGAGGGGCGUUACAUGCCCGCGGAUGGAACACAACGUGGAGCGGUCAGCUUGAUGUCCUGGGUGGUCGGAGAUGUGCUCUCGCCCGGAUUCGCAUCCACGCCGGACGAGAAGAAGAGGCUCAAGCCAGAGGAAAGCCAGGGCCUGCCGAAGAUCCCUAGCAUUCCUCUGGCCUGGCGCGAUGCACAGAGGCUCUUGCAAGUCCUGCAUGGCCAUGGUGCGCAGGUGCCAGACACGUGGGUUGGUGGUGUUACAGAGGUGAAUGAGUGGUGGACUGGAGCCAAGUCUUCCCCAACCGUCAAUCUUAUGAACCUCCAAGACGAGGUGGAAAGACAGCCGAUUUACAAUGUGGUUGGCCGGAUUAUGGGAUUAGAACAACCGGAGAAGAAGAUCAUUAUUGGCAAUCACCGGGACUCGUGGUGCCUGGGAAGCGCCGACCCAGGCAGCGGUACCGCCGUGUUUCUGGAGCUGGCCCGAGUGUUCGGCGAGCUUCUCACCUUCGGCUGGCGUCCGUUGCGCACUAUUGAAUUCGUCAGUUGGGAUGCGGAAGAAUACAACCUGGUCGGUUCGACGGAGCAUGUGGAAAAGGAGCUGAAGGCGCUCAAGGAACAUGCUUACGCCUAUAUCAAUGUCGACGUUGGAGUCAGCGGCCACGAAUUUGAUGCAGCGGGGUGUCCCCUCUUCGAGCGGGUCAUCACGCAGAUUCUUGGCCGCAUUGCGGACCCGAUCAGCAACGAAACAUUGAAGAAUCUGUGGGAGAAGAGCAAGAAGAGACUAGGUCCGCUGGGCGCGGGAAGCGACUAUGUGGCCUUCCAGGAUAUCGCCGGUACCUCGAGUGUGGACUUUGGCUUCACUGGCGAACCGUUUCCUUACCACAGCUGUUAUGAAAACUAUGACUGGAUGACGCGGAUCGUUGACCCCGAGUUUCAGUACCACAAGAUCCUUGGCCAAUUUUGGGGCCUUCUGAUUCUGCAGAUCGCUGACAGCCCAAUCCUGCCCUAUGAUCUCGAAGGCUACGCGGAUCACGUUGGAGGGUAUGUCAGCGACUUGGAGAAGUAUGCCAAGUCGAAGAGUGUCCCGGUUGCUGAGACAGCCUCGAAGGCCACGGUGACCUUCAAGCCUUUAUAUGAAGCGGCCGAAAGAUUCAAGGCCAACGCGGCGCAUUUUCAGAAAUGGGCUCAGAUCUGGCACGAUGCGGUCUGGGGCGCUGGUGGGUUCGAGAACAACGUGAUGGCCGUGCAACGACUGUCGUACAAUGCGCGGAUGGCUCAUUUUGAGACCAAACUCUUGGACGACAGGCCAGAAGGCGGAGUUCCGAACCGAACGCAAUUCAAACACGUGAUCUUUGGUCCUGAAUUAUGGUCGGGCUACGAUCCGACUCUGUUUCCUGCCAUCCGCGACAGUCUCGACUCGGGCAACUGGACUCUCACGCAAGAGUGGAUUGACCGAGUGUCGGAGAUAAUCACCAGUGCGAGUGAAAGUCUCAUUCACGACUAAGGUUGUCGUGACUCUGCCUUCUAUCAGCAAUAAUCACUUUUUUUAUUUCCCAUCUUUCAUAGAAAAUACCCCCUCGCCCCCUCCCACUUGCCAUCAUCCCACCCCAUCCACUCCACUGCAUAGUCUUCCUCUGUUCCGUCGCUUCCCUUACUCUUGAGUGUGUUCUAGUUCCAUUCUGUGUGUAUCAUUUGCGCCCACAUCUUGCGAGGAGCCGGCCUCAACACAUAUACUCCCUCCCGCCCGUAGAUAGACAGACCAUCUUCACACGCUCGACGGCGGACACUCCGUUCCCUGGCUGCCGUUCAUCUCCUGUUUUUAGUUCUUUCUUUAUCUUUUCUUGUCCUCACAUUUCCUGGCCCUGUACCUAUCUGAUCCUGAUUGAGAACACAGUUUUCGUUGGUCAUGCUUUCUUCACGGCUUGACUCG